AUGUCGAGUCAAGGAUCGUAUCUGUCCGCACAAAAGGGCUUCCUCAGCUCCGCCUCCGGCCCCGCCGCGAACCGCACUACACCCAAACCCAACUUCCUCGUCCGCUUCAUCAACCAGCACAUCCUCGCCCCCGAACACCGCCCCGGUAACCUCUCCAUCCUCUGGGGCGUCUCCGUCUUCACUACUGGCAUCAUCAUCGCCCGCAAAUUCGGCGACCUCAUCACCCCUGUAUUCUAA